AAAUGGCGUCGAGAAGGCCGUGGCUCGCGCGGUGACGCGCGAACGGAAGUAUCGAGUGCGAGCGAGAUGUGAGCGCGCUUCCCCCGCGGGGACCGGAAGCGGAAGCGGCGCGAAGAGCUGGGGGAACCGGAGUCUGUGAGGGAGCGAGGUAAUAACGCGUGAGAUUGUGGAGAUAAACCUCAUCCAUGAAUUGACAGACCGAUCGUAACCCCGUGAGUGCUGAAUCCCCCCUCCCCCGAAGUAAGUUAAGUGUUGGAAGAAAAGGGGGCGCAGUUGGGAGCCAUGGAGGAAUCCCACUUCAACUCCUCGUACUUCUGGCCUGCGGUCCCCACGGUCUCCGGACAGAUUGACAACUCCAUGUUCCUGAACAAGGUGAAGGAGCAGUUGAUUCAGGAGAAAGGCUGCAACCUGGGCUCCCAUUACCCGGCCCUACUGACGGUGCCCACCUCGGUGUCUCUGUCUGCCGGAAUCAGCAUGGAUGGAGAUAGUAAAAUGGAACUUCACGGGAUUCCCCAUAGCCAAGCGUCCGUCACCCAGAACAUCACCGUGCUUCCCGUACCGACCACCGGCCUUAUGACAGCCAGUCUGGUGAUCACGUCUCCGUCAGGCUCUCUGGUCACCACGCCAUCCUCUUCGGGUCAGACGUUCCCCAUCUCUGCACCCUCCACCAUGAUUGUGUCCACGCUUCCGGGCUCGCAGACUCUGCAGGUGGUUUCGGAGCUCACAAAAGCCAAGCUCUCAGAGAUGGGGGGACAAGGGGGUCCGAAAAGAGGGCGGAAGAAGAAGCGGCUUCCGGAACCCUCUCUCCCUCAUCUCAAUGAUCCUUAUGACCUUUCUAAUGAAGAUGACGAUGAUCAUCACAAGGAUGGGAAGACUUACAGGUAUCUGGGGGAUUUCAAGUGCCGCAUGUGCUCGCUCACCUUCUUCUCCAAGUCGGAGAUGCAGAUUCACUCCAAGUCUCAUACGGAGGCCAAGCCGCACAAGUGCCCGCACUGCUCCAAAACCUUCGCCAACAGUUCCUACCUGGCCCAGCACGUGCGCAUCCACUCGGGGGCCAAACCGUACACCUGCAGCUACUGUCAGAAAGCCUUCCGCCAGCUCUCUCACCUCCAGCAGCACACACGGAUCCACACGAAGGUGCCUAAUGUUGUAUCCAAGCCCCUCAAGUGUCCGCACUGCUCCAAAACCUUCGCCAACGGCUCCUACCUGGCCCAGCACGUGCGCAUCCACUCGGGGGCCAAGCCGUACAACUGCAGCUACUGUCAGAAGGCCUUCCGCCAGCUCUCUCACCUCCAGCAGCACACACGGAUUCACACUGGAGACAGGCCAUAUAAAUGCGUGCAUCCCGGCUGCGAUAAGGCAUUCACCCAGCUAUCUAAUCUACAGUCUCACAGAAGACAGCACAACAAAGACAAACCAUUCAAGUGCCACAACUGUCACCGAGCGUACACGGACUCGUCUUCUUUGGAAGUCCACUUGUCUACGCACACGGUCAAGCAUGCAAAAGUGUAUACGUGUUCCAUCUGCAGCCGUGCGUACACUUCGGAGACCUAUCUGAUGAAGCAUAUGAGGAAGCACAAUGCUCCGGAUACUCAGCCCCAGCCACCUUCGCAAGUCUUGACCUCGCAGGGCCACUUUACCCCGGUGUCGCAAGCUCAGUCUUCGGAAGGACCGCAGUGUUCCUUCGACAUGAAUCCCUUCAAGACUGACCAUCACAAGGACUUGUGUCUGACCGUUUCCACCAGCGCCAUCCAAGUGGAUCAUCUCUCCAACUCCUAGUUCUAUUCCACGGGACAGAAUAUUGAGGCGACGUGGAAAUGAUGGACCAGAUCCAUUUGGGGAAGGGUAGAGAAGGGAAUUCUGGGCCAGCCUCAUCGUGGGGGGUGGGAAGAAAGAACAGUAUAUGAACUCUGCCAUUGAAAUGUUGAGUAUCUGGGUUACCCCGCAGCAUGGCUGAGACAGUAGACCACGCUGCGACAGCCUUCACAUAUAAAAAAA